AUGGGGGACAGGUUUGUGGUCGUCCCGGUUGACCGGGGAGGAGAUGUCUCCAUCGAAGGGCAGCAAUCGGACUCAGUUAGAGUUCCAGCGACGCGAUUCACCGGUGGCGAUGACCGGGUGGAGGACCCUGAGUUGGAGGAGAACGCAGUGUUCGAACCGCAGGACCCCAACGCCGCGGUGCCCAUUCUGGAGUACAACAGGGAACCCAAUAAAUACGGUGAUGGUGUCCCAAAGGAAAACAGUCCCUUCAUCAACAACACAGACAAUGACAAAAGCAACAGUUAUGAUGGCACCAACAUGGCACUUUUUGAGGAAGAGAUGGACAGCAACCCCAUGGUGUCAUCACUUCUUGACAAACUGGCAAACUACACAAAUCUCACCCAGGGAGCCCAGGAACACGAGGAGGCAGAUGACGAUGAGGGCUCCAAAAAGAAAGCUGUCAAGAGUCCUCAAAUGGGAACCUUCAUGGGUGUCUAUCUCCCCUGCCUCCAGAACAUUCUGGGGGUCAUCCUUUUUCUUCGCCUUACCUGGAUAGUCGGCACGGCCGGCAUCUUGGAAUCACUGGCUAUUGUUGGCCUGUGCUGCUCAUGUACCAUGCUGACUGCCAUAUCCAUGAGUGCAAUUGCUACAAAUGGUGUUGUGCCAGCUGGAGGCUCCUACUAUAUGAUUUCCAGAUCUCUUGGACCCGAGUUUGGUGGAGCUGUGGGUCUCUGUUUCUACCUUGGUACAACAUUUGCUGGCUCCAUGUACAUCCUGGGUACUAUCGAGAUUCUAUUGACCUACAUUGUGCCUAAGGCAGCCAUCUUUGUGGCAGAAAAAAAGGAGGAUGAAGUUGAUGCCCUUCUGAAUAACAUGCGUGUCUACGGCACGUGCUGCCUUACGCUGAUGUCCAUCGUCGUCUUUGUGGGGGUGAAAUAUGUCAACAAACUUGCCCUCGUCUUCCUGGCUUGUGUCAUUCUCUCUAUUCUUGCGAUCUACGCCGGAGUCAUCAAGACCAUCUUUGAGCCACCCGACUUUCCUGUUUGCAUGUUGGGAAAUCGUACUCUGCAGAACCACAACUUCGAUAAGUGUCUUAAGAAUGACAUUAUUGAUAAUGUGACUGCUACCACCCAGCUAUGGAAGCUGUUCUGUAAAGGACCUGAGCUCAAUGCUACCUGCAAUGACUAUUUCCUAAAUAACAACGUGACCCAGAUUCAAGGCAUCCCUGGACUUACAAGUGGAGUUAUUUCAGAAAAUAUGUGGUCAGAAUAUGGGCCUCUCGGUAUGUUAGUUGAAAACAAGAAGUUGUCAUCUCAGGGAGGAAGUGAUCCCACACAAGACAUCUACCUGCCCUAUGUUGCCAAUGAUAUUGCCUCCUUCUUUACACUACUUGUUGGCAUCUACUUUCCUUCUGUCACUGGUAUCAUGGCCGGUUCUAAUCGGUCAGGUGAUUUGCGAGAUGCCCAAAGAUCCAUCCCAGUUGGAACCAUCCUGGCUAUCUUUACCACCUCUGUCAUCUAUAUAACCUGUGUCGUGCUAUUCGGCGCAUGCAUUGAGGGCGUUUUACUCCGGGACAAGUUUGGUGACUCUGUAAAAGGCAACCUGGUUAUCGGCACACUAUCUUGGCCUUCACCUUGGGUCAUUGUAAUUGGCUCCUUCUUCUCCUGCUGUGGCGCAGGCCUGCAGAGUUUGACUGGUGCACCACGCCUGCUGCAAGCCAUUGCACGAGAUGGCAUAGUACCUUUCUUACAGGUAUUUGGACACGGAAAAGCUAACGGAGAACCUACCUGGGCUCUCCUACUUACUGCUGCAAUCUGUGAGAUUGGAAUACUCAUCGCCUCUCUGGAUGCUGUGGCUCCAAUCCUCUCCAUGUUUUUCCUCAUGUGCUACCUGUUUGUCAACCUGGCCUGCGCAGUUCAGACAUUACUAAGAACACCAAACUGGAGACCACGCUUCAAAUACUACCACUGGGCUCUCUCCUUUCUCGGAAUGAGCUUGUGCUUGGCUCUCAUGUUCAUUUCAUCCUGGUAUUACGCCAUAGUUGCUAUGGCCAUCGCUGGCUGCAUCUACAAAUACAUUGAAUACAGAGGCGCUGAGAAGGAAUGGGGCGACGGCAUCCGUGGCCUGUCACUGAAUGCAGCCCGUUUUGCCCUCAUUCGUCUAGAAGAGGCUCCCCCACACACCAAAAACUGGAGGCCUCAGUGUUUGGUGCUGCUCAACUUGGAUUCAGAUCAAGCAGUCAAGCAUCCACGCCUGCUGUCGUUCACUUCUCAGCUGAAGGCAGGGAAAGGCCUGACUAUAGUGGGAAAUGUAUUGGAAGGAACCUUUCUUACUAAAGAGGCUGAGGCAAAGAAGGCAGAGCAGAACAUCAAGUCUUCCAUGACAGCUGAACGGACCAAAGGAUUCUGUCACGUUGUCGUUUCUUCAAACCUCAGAGAUGGAGUCUCUCAUCUUAUCCAGUCAGCCGGGUUGGGAGGCAUGAAGCAUAACACAGUCCUAAUGGCCUGGCCAGGAACGUGGAAGCAGUCCAAUGACCCGCAGUCAUGGAGGAAUUUCAUAGAAACGGUGCGAGAGACCACAUCUGCUCACCAGGCCUUGCUCGUAGCCAAGAAUGUGGACAGCUUCCCCACCAAUCAAGACCGCCUGGGUGAGGGCACCAUUGAUGUGUGGUGGGUGGUUCAUGACGGAGGCCUCUUGAUGCUGCUGCCUUUCCUGCUGCGACAGCACAAGGUGUGGAGAAAGUGCAAGAUGCGCAUCUUCACUGUGGCCCAGAUGGAUGACAACAGUAUCCAGAUGAAAAAAGAUCUCCAGACGUUUCUGUACCACCUGCGACUGAAUGCAGAGGUUGAAGUGGUGGAAAUGCAUGAUAAUGAUAUCUCAGCCUUCACCUAUGAGAAGACGCUGGUGAUGGAACAGAGAUCUCAGAUGUUGAAACAGAUGCAGCUAUCCAAGACAGAAAGGGAGCGAGAGAUUCAGAGUAUCACUGAUGAAUCACGUAACUCAAUCCGGAGGAAGAACCAAGGUGCUGCCGAGGGCGCGAGCCUCAGCCGGCAGUCCUCUCCAACGGAGGACACACAAGAGGAUGAGGCCCAGCUCAUCCAUGACAGAAACACAGCCUCCCACACAGCCAGUAACGACAAAUCCGAAACUGGCCCGGAGCGGGUGCACAUGACCUGGACCAAAGAUAAGCUUUUCACAGAGCGGAACCGCAACCGCGAAGCCAACGCCAAUGUGGCCAUGCGAGACCUCUUCAACAUGAAGCCAGAGUGGGGGAGCCUGAACCAGACCAACGUCCGUCGCAUGCACACGGCCAUCAAAUUGAACGAGGUUGUAGUGAACAAGUCACAAGGAGCCCACCUGGUUCUGCUUAACAUGCCCGGUCCACCAAAGAACCGAGGAGGAGACGAAAACUAUAUGGAAUUUCUCGAGGUUUUGCUUGAAGGUCUGAACCGUGUCCUGCUUGUCCGAGGCGGCGGGCGUGAAGUUAUCACCAUCUACUCUUAG